CAGUUCCCAUUUGUCUGCUGAAGUCGACAUUGCAAGUUUUUGAGUGAAGCAAUAGGAAAGAGCUAAAGUUUAUCACAAGCCUCAAGUCCUGAAACUCUCAUGCUACCUUGUUUAUAUCAUGGAAGGUUUUGUCAUAACGUCUGCAUCGGAGGAUAUUAUUCCAAAUGAGCCUGGGAACUUUCGACCGCCUGUGGACCUGUACAAUUACCUGAGCAGCGUGGGGGAUAUUUAUGAAGAACACAGAUGGGCACUGCACUCUGAUCGGGUCCAGCCACCAGACUUUGAGAAUUCCCCCGUCAAUCACUUGACGGAGCUGCAGGCGGUGUCAUCUCAACAACUGAUACAACCUUUUCGCUACAGCAGUGAUUCUCUGCACCUUCACCUGGACCCUCCAAUCACUCCUGUCUCCCUGUCAUCACAAAUCCCACAUUACACUCCAUCCCUGUGCUACCAGUACCCACCCUCAGCCUCACCUGGACUUUACUACUCAGAGGAGGACCACAGAGCCCUUAGUCCCCCACUGGAGGUAUCCGAAGGAGAGGAUGAAUUUGAAGACCGCAACCAUUCUUCCUACAGGAGAGAUACUAGCAACAAGAAGAAAAUCCGUCUGUAUCAAUUCCUCCUGGACCUGCUUAGAAAUGGCGACAUGAGUGAGAGUAUCUGGUGGGUGGACCAGGACAAGGGCAUAUUCCAGUUCUCCACAAAACACAAAGAAGCCCUGGCAACCCACUGGGGUGUUCAGAAAGGAAACCGCAAAAGAAUGACCUACCAAAAAAUGGCUCGAGCUCUAAGGAACUAUGGUAAAACAGGAGAGAUUAAAAAAGUGAAAAAGAAGCUCACCUACCAGUUCAGUGAGGAGGUUCUCGGAAACCUCUGUUUACGUCCAUAUCGUCACUGAUGAGGCAACAAUGGCUUUUUUUAUGCAGAGAUGACAAAACUUUAUAUGGUUGUGUUUUACAUGUAGAUUUACAGUUUUACUUUGUUUUCAUCAAAACUUUCCUGAAUUAUUUAUUUGUGACACCAGUUUAUGUUCAUUUGUGCCAUUUAUUAAAUCUCAUGCACGUAAUUACCAUCACAAGACUAUUUUAAAAUACGUUCAGUGUGUGUAAACAAAUAUCAUAUUGUAAUCUUUUUAGAAUUACUGAAAUAAAGUCCAUGUUUAAACAAACACAAACGAGUACACCAUUCACAAAAGGCUAGGAAUAUUCCACUUUAGAGAAAUGUAUGAAAAUCUGAAAAGUUAAUUUUACAUUGAUAUUACAUAAUGCAUGAAAGACAUUUUGAAAAAAUAAAUUGAUGGCAAUUUCUUAAUCUCAAACAAUUUAUGGAAACAAAAGCUAAGAACAGUAAGGUGUAAAUGACAACAACAAAACAAUGUUAAUGUCUCAAUGUUUUGUUGCGUGUUAGGUCUUAUCUUGGUCUGUUUAAAUACAAGAUGUCAUUGAACCAGAAUAUUUAGUAGUUAGUUCAUAGUUUAGACACUUGUUUUUUGUUUUUUUUUCUUUUGUUUUGUUUUUUUAGCAUUGCAUUUUAUCCAAGAAGUACCAUAACAAUGAAGAGCUAGAUAUGUGCAUUAAAAAUUUUAGAGAAGAUGAAAUUAAGCUCAACUGUAAAGGUUAUAGUGUAUUUUUGGUGCAUUCUGACAUCACAAUACAAGCCAAAUUUCUCUAACUUAUUGUGAGUAGUUGUGUGCAUGCAUGUGUGUGUGCAUGCAGAGGUAGAAAUGCAAUAAUGCUGCAAAGAAAUGCUAGUAUUUUGUGAGAAAUAGUAGAGGACAGUUUUAAAUGGAAUUAUGUAAAACAAACUCCCUACAUCAUAUCUGCAGAUUAUAGCAACUUUUGUACAGCUGAAGCAAUAAGUGAUAGACAAUCUACUUUUGUUGUUGUUGUUGUUUUGUUUGUUUUUUGUUUUUUUUAUUUUUAUUAAUCGGUUUAAAAAGUACAUAAAAAUGUGCGAUUUAUUGUGUAAAUGGAUAUAUAUAUACAUUCAUUUGGACAUAAUCAUUUGACCAGUCUCAUGUUGUAAGUACUUCAUUUUGUAUUUCGGGAUUGGUAAUUAAAUCUUUUUAUUGUAUUUCCUUUCUUAUCGUUUAGGUGUGGGCUGAUGAAGGGUACAGGGUGGUUUUUGGAUUUUUUUAAGUUGUGGGUAUUAAAUUGUAUCAUUACCGAUUUGUUUAAAGGUAAUUUAAUCAUUUGUAUUAUUGCUUUAAAUGAGAACCCCAGCAAGACUAGCUGCUGCCUUGGCAGCAAGGCAUCAUUGAUACAAAUAAACAACAAAAUGCACAAA